AUGACUUUAUAUGUUGUGUUACCAUGUGUUUGUCUAGUGUCCCGUGUUGUGAGUGGUAACACAGAAAACAUGGUUACCAACAGGACGUCUCAUAAUGAGGGGCCAGGCGAUACCCAGGGUUCAGGACAGCUAGAGCUGACGAGUAUGAGACCUCAGGAAGUGACAAGGAUGGUCGCUACCAGAGAAUUCGAAGAUGGAACCCAAGUUCUGAAUGAGACUUUGGGAGAUUUUGACCAGGUUUUAGGAUCAAAUGAAACUGAGUUUGAGAACAUAACUGCUUUCAACAACAUGCUGAACGACACGUGGAUCGACCUCAUUACUGUUCUAGACUUGAUGACGCAGAGGAAGUACGACAACGCCUCAGCAGUACACGCGCUGACAGCAGCGUACCGCUACACUCAUCAGCAGCAGAAGAGGCUGAAGAUUCUAUCACAGUCCAUGAAGAAACCGUUCAUUGCUGUUGAAGGCCUAGACAGAGAAAAAAGGAACACCCUGGCCAAAAGACUGGCUCUGCAUCUACAAGGCUAUGUGGUAAACAAUCCUCCAGAGACAUUCGAUGCAGUGUACCGGAACCUCCCUGACAACUCUACUAUUCUCUCCAACGGAUUCUAUGUCCUGAGCACCUACAUCGCCGCACUCCAUGUUAGAUACGUCACUCGGAAAUCCCCUGCCAUCGUGCCUGGCUUCUGGCUUGGAAGAGCUGCUUAUAUGAUAGCGAAAAACUUCCCGGAGGAACCUCCUCCUUACAAAUCCAAGUUCUGGACCUGGCCCCGAGAUCUGCUUAAGCCUAGCGUCAUAUUCUACCUCACCGACAGAUUCUCCCUUCACCAAUUUGCUGAUCAUCAGUUUGUGAAAAGAUAUCUACAUAUAUUUAACAACUGGGACGAUCCGAAAUGUAUCCCCAUCACCAACACGCAGUCAGUUGAGACUAUGAUGGAAGAGAUUCAUCCUUACUUAAGAGAAUUGUUACUUUAAUUAUUAAUACAACAGUUACAUUACUUUUGAAAAACAAUAAAAACAGUGCAACUUUUCACAUUUUAAA